GAUGUGGUUCAUCUACAGCACAUUUAACUGGACGGUCCCAUUCCUUUCCUUCCUGGCCUGUCUGAUACUGGCAGUGGCAACCGUCACUUUGUAUCUCAUCCCACUUCGGUACAUCGUUUUAAUCUGGGGCAUAAAUAAAUUUACUAAGAAACUCCGAAACCCCUAUGCCAUUGACAAUAACGAGCUGCUAGACUUCCUCUCCAGGGUACCAUCUGAUGUUCAAAAGGUGCAGUACUCAGAACUGAAAGUCUGCAGUAGCCACAGUCCCAUUCGGAAGAAGCGCAGCGCUCUCUAGGACUCAUCCCAGUUUGGGACACCAGCACCCAGUUCUACUAACGGAUCACGUAGUUGGAUGUUAGUGUCCAGUCAUUGGUACCUGUGUGUGGAAUCUCUUCUGUAUUAAUUAUCUCCCUUCAUGUGCACACUUGCAGACACUUGUGCACACACAGCCACUCAUGUGCAUAUCCACCUGCAUGGGAGCCCUAGGUGCACAGUGUCUUAGCCUAGCAAAAGAAGACCGUCCAGACUAUGGAAGUCUUAACACCCAAUCUCAGUUAGGAAUGGAAGCCAGACUUCCGCGGGUCAGCACAUCCUCCCUGAGAACACCCCAGAGAACAGAACACCUGCAUGGAGAGUAACUUUGAAACUGAACUUGUUCACACACCCCUGGGAAAGUCUCCUUAAAGUUCAUUUCUUUUCACUCCCUACUUCUUUCAGGUUAUUGUUCAUGUGAACCUGCAUUUUUAUCUUCUCUUAGUUAGCAAGUCUUUGGAAAUCAUUUACCCCAAUAAUGUAGACUACAGAUGGAAUUUUUUUUGUAUUAUUAUGAGGAUUAGCUUAAUUAUUUGGGUAUCUUGUGGUGGGUAUUGAACAUCUAUAUAGAAUGUUAUCAGUGACAUUCUGGGUGCUGGGUGCAACCUGCACUAUGGUCCGUUGCUGGCAAUGGAUGUCCCAGAAAGGUCCCUGGGGCUCACUCCCUGGACAAAUGAAGGUUUCAUGAAAAUAUUUGGUUGCCUUAAAAUACUAUUUCUACUGGCUUUUUUAUUUCUUGAUUUUUCUAAAACUCAGAUUUCAACAGUAGAGCUGAGGGAGGGCGAUAAAUAGAUGGAUCCUAAGAAAAUUUAGAAACAUAAAGACCAAGAAGCAAGGGACCCAUAACUAUGACUGUUUUACCUGAUUGUUGCAAUCAGUUCUUUUGUCAGAUUUGGGGACAGAAAGAAAAAGGCAAAAAGAUUUUUAUGAUUGAGGCAUCCAAAUUGAUCUCUUGUUUCUCACAAGAGUAAAAUAAGCUGAUGCAUAAUACAAAUAAAUCUGAACCCCAUUCCUAGAAUGCUGACCAAGGGCUUCCUUUGAGAAAAUCUGGCACACUUAAAAACCCAUUUUGUGCAUAUGUAAAAUGUAUGCAAAUGUAUUUCUGUUUAAGUGAUAUUUGUUUUGUACAGACUAUCUUAUGUGGAUACAUACUUUGUAUGUGCAUUAUAUAUAUAAAUAUGUGUGUGUCCAUAUAUGUUUAUAUGGGCAUGGACAUAUGUGUGUGUGUUGUAAAGAACAGUUUAGGUAAGAAGACUUGAUUUAAAAGUGAGUUUCACCAUGCCCCCCCAUUUGCAAACUGAUACGCUUAAAAAGUAUGUUUAUGAAAAAUGCCAAAGAUUCUAAACCUUAUCAUUUCAUAUCUGUGUUUCUUCAUAUUAUAUCUUCGUGGGUUGCUUUCUGACUGAGCCACAUUUCUGCAUGAUUUGAUUUACUUCAAGUUAAUGAAGCUGGCUGAAAAAGAGCAUUGCAGAAAUUAUAAAAGCUCCAGUAAAUUUCUUAGUUGUACAUAUAAUAGACACCAAAGAACCUCUUUUGUUAAACCAGUUACUCAAUCUUCUGUGUAAACAAUGCCUCAUUGUCUUACUCUCAAGUAUCAUCUAGUUUAUCAUAGUCUGUCGUUUUGUAAUGAUCUAAGUCAGACAUUUUUAAACAGACAUGUGAGAUUAGAUCAGUCAUCCGGAUGAAAACGCGCAGCAGCAAAAUAACCCCUUAUUUACUUAAAAAAGUGGUACCAAUAGUGUUAUUCCUUUUGCUAUAGAAUUUCAAAAAGAAAUGAUUUGUCAAACAAGAGGGUAUCCUUAGUUGGACAUAUUGGCUCUGUAACAUGACAUGAGUUUCUCAUCCCUAAGUUUGGGACAUGUCCCAAUUCAGCUGGAAUGCAGGAACAGGAGCAAAUCAACCUUUAACCAGUGGUAUUUGGGAAACAAUUGUUAACUGAUUAAGUAGAAGCUGCACACUGAAAAUGAGGGUGAGUUUUAAGUGAAAUGCUCAUAUUUGUACAAGGAACGAGACACUUGUAUGAAAGAUUACAGAACACCUUAAAUAAAACUGAUGGAGUGUGGAUUCAUAUAAGCUAAUUAAAGAUAAUUUAGUAGGGAUGUUGAAGUCCUGCCAAGCUCUCCUGGUUUUCCCCUCAGACCUCCCAUACAGUUUGUAGACCUGAAUGACUUACAAACAUCAGUUUACACUGCAGUGCAUCAUAGACUUAAGUUCUCCAUCAGCCAUGUCUUUAAGAAUUUUAACUCCAGGCUGGCAAGAUAGUUCAACUGCUCUGGCAUGCGUAUGACCCUAUGGAUUGACAGUGUCAUAAAAUUUAGGGUUAUAGUUGUGUGCAAGAGAAUGUGUGUCAAAUUACCCACCACAGAAGUCUCUGUAGUAUUACACCAAAAAGGCCCCUCCACCUACCUACUUCCUCUCUGAAUUGCCUCUGAAUACCACCAUAGUUUUCAGAGUCUAAGAAGUCAGUUUUGUUUUUAUUGUUCUUUUUUGAACAUUCAUUUGCUUUAGUUAUUUAUAUUCUGUGCAUGAAUGAAACUACCAGAUAAAACUGUCAGACUAUCUUUCACUUCCUUCCAUUUUGUCCCUAAGGGCAGUAUGCCAUCUUUUCUAAAGACCCAGUAGUAUCCCACCGAGUGUCUAUCACACAGCUUCUGUAUCCAGUUACUUGUU